CUCCUGACCCUGCAGACCGAGGUGCUCAUAAUUCGUACAGUCCUCACUACAGUAAGGUACGCCACCACCCACCACCUGCACCACUGCACCACCACCACCCAGCAUCAGUGCUCCACAAGCCGGCAUGUCUCGCGACUUUGAGUGAGAUGAGCCAUCUACAGCCGCGCCUAGUAAUCUGUCUAGACAUUUUGCUACGGCAAAAGUACGCACAUCCACAUAUCGAGUACCUGCACGUACGUUGGCCUCGAGGUACGGCAUUGGUGAUCAAGUCCACCCCCUCGCAAAUUACUCUCACACCAGGCUCCGUCGAAAAUUCCAGACCAACACACGUCACAGCGAUAUUCAGGCCUCCCGCUUCGAGGGAUAACCUCUUAGUGCACUGUGUACAUGUUCUUACUUGUACGUACGUACGUACAAGCGUCAGAUGGCUGGGUUUGAGACUACCAUCGAGUCUGCAGACGAUAUCAUGUAUUGUUGCUGAGGAAUGCGAUCAAAUGCGUGGACUGUGCACCGCUGCAUCUUCCUGGUUUCGGCGGCGGCAGGCAGGCUGGCUGGCUGGCUGGCUGGCUGGCUGGCUGGCUGGUACUGUCUCAUCGCCUGCUUCUCUCCCCCUGUCUUCUACACCGGCCCGCCGCCCAGAGGAUCAGGUCCCUGCGACAUGGGAAAGGGACGGUCGCCGGUCGGUUCCCACAACAAAGGGACAUGGGUUGGUGCGAUUGAUGCUGGGGGAUUUUCCCAAGCGCAAGGUGAUACCUGCAAGGGACUACCCGUAGCUCACCGUAUACCCAGUUUGGGCAUGGAUACCACAAGUACACACUCGUAUAACGUAUGGACAGGUACUUACAUUGUUCAU